AUGUUAUGCAUCAAAGAGGACUGCAUCUCUUAUGACCGUUUCAGAGUACUGAGUACAGCCAUUGCAAAUUCAGUCAUUGGUCACUGCGAGCAGGCCGGUUGGUGUGGUAUAGUGCCUCCUCAGGCUGUCAAGCAUGUCUUCACUACAGGUGGCUUUGACAAUAUUGACUACAGCCCAUCCUCUACAACAGCAAAAUUAGCUCUCUAUGGAACAUGCAUCAGCAUUCACCAGCACUUCUCUUCAGACAAACAAAAAGUUGAAAAUUUUACAGACAUCCUCAUUCCAACUGAGAUGGGGAGAAAGGUUGUGAGGUCUUUGCCAGCUAGCUACACGACCAUGGAUCUGGAUGUCUCACUGUCAAAUGAUGAAGUGUUGCACGUUCCUGCCCUGAGGACCAACAGUCAUCCUUGUCCAGCUUCACGCUCUGUUACCAGUAUCAUUGAAGAAGGCUAUUCUGAUGUGCUGAAUCUGGUGGAUGCAUUUGAGCAGCUGGGAAACCCCUUUAUGGAGAAAAGUGGUGAGCUGCUUGACCUAGACCAGUCAAUCCUCAUGCCUCCAGAGGUGGUAGAUAAUGUGAGGAAGAUGUAUCCGUCACCGACGCACUUCGCCAGUGCGGCGCUCAACGCGCUCGAGGAAAACCGCUGGUACACGUUCUCCCUGAUCGCCGACACGACGCUGUCGUCGCACCUCUUCCUCCGCGUCGUCGCCGGUCGCGUCGGCGGUGACGACAAGUGGAACGUCGUCAACACGUACUUCGUCGCGCAGACGGUCGACUACGCGCGCGUUGCCGACGUCCUCGGGAACUCCGACAACCGCGCGCGCGUUUUCGUCCUCUACUGCUCCAAGGACGUCUUGCUGCUCGUCGGCCGCUACGCGGCGCUGCACGACAUCUACGACGUCGUCUGGCUGUGGGUGAAUCGCUACGGGGAGGCGCUGACGCGGGAGGACGCGCGCGGUCUCCCUCCUAGCUUCCUCGUUGUCAGCUCCCGCGGGAUCUUUCCCAUGCGGAAGAUGCUCGCUGCAUCCCUGCGCCGACUCGCCGACGCCAUAUCCGCUUCGAGAGGCCUGAUCGGAUCCGAGGUCGCCGUCAGGGGGCAGUGCUGCGGCGCCGACGACGAGCCGGUGAUGACCGACGCGCUGCUGCCGCAGACCGUUUACGAGAACCUCCUGCCGAGCCCCGCGGCGGAGGCGGGCGCCCUGCCGGCCCCCACGCUGCAGCUCACGAUAGAGAGACUCAUGGACGGAGGGCUGCUGAGCAUCGAACAAGUGAACGCCGAGCGCGUGACGAGCAGCGCGUUUCCGGUGCUCAGCCGACGAUAUCCGCUCUGGCGGAAGCUGCGCGUCGUCACGCUGCGCGUCGAGCCGUUCGUGUUUGUCGGCGGGACGUCGGACGGCCGCACGUGCAGCACGGGUGUCGUCUGCUUGCAGGUGUACACCGCCGACGGCGCCACCAUCGCCGCCAUCUUUCACGACUACGCGAACGAGCGCGACGGUGGCGCGCCCUACACGGUGCACUGCUGCACGGGAUUCAGCAUCGACCUACUGCGCAUGCUCAGCGCGAGCAUCGGCUUCGAGUACGAAGUCUACCUCGUCUCCGACGGCCGCUUCGGAACCUUCGUGCAGUCGAACUGGACGGGAGCCGUCGGCGACGUCGUCAGCCGGGCAGCCGACAUCGCCUGCAGCGCGCUGUCGCUGACUGCCGCCCGCAGCGAGGUGAUCGAUUUCUCGUCGCCAUUCUUCCGCUCCAGCUACUCUUUCCUCGUUGCCAACCGACCGAACAACAAACCGAACUUUCUCGCGUUUCUCGCGCCACUCGGUAAUAUUCAUCCGCAGCUAUGGCUCGUGAUCGGGCUCUGCAUGGUCCUCAACGCUCUCUGCAUGACGUCGCUGGAGUGGUGGGGACGUCGGCUGGUACUGCCGCCUAACAACCGCCACGUCGACCAGUUCAACUUCGGUUCUGCGCUGAUGCAUCACUGGGCGUUACUCUUCAAUAACACUGUCAACACGGAGAUCCCGAAGCUGUGGUCGUCGAAGCUGGUCAGUUAUUCGUGGGCGUUCGUCUCCAUACUGGUGCUGUCAUCGUACACCGCCCACUACGCGGCGCUGUUUGCCGCCUCCGAGAUGAGACCGGAGUUUCUAGGCGUCUACGAUAGUCGCAUGCAAGCAGAACAUGUUGGCGUGAGAACCGUCGAUGAGUAG